UUGAAGUGUACCUCCAAAGCUGAUGUGCACUUUUCAUCUUAGAGACUUCACCUUGUCCCCAUAGUCAGAUGAGAGUUGUCAAAAAAAAGAAAAAAAAAAACAUCUCCUGAGGUGCUCGGCAGGUUAUUUAAAAUAAAAUAUUUUUGGAAACCGCAGAACCUGGUAUGCUCCUACCCCGUUUGACUUCUGCAAAGGUCACAUACUUGGCAAAAUCUGUCUAACACUUGCUCUCAACUAUAAAUGGGGAGUGGGAACAAAGGAAUGCCAUACUAGGGGAUUCUCAUCUAACCACAUCUGGCUGCACUUCAACACCUUCUUGGUGAGUUUGAAGAAGCCGUUAAAAAGAAAGCAGCCUGGAGUUUCUUUAGCCUGCAGUCACCUGACCCAACACUUUGAUAAUUCAUUUCUUCUGUCAAUUUCACUUUCUGAUUUCCUUGAUGUUUUUAGAGCACUAUAAAUCCAGUGGAUGGGAUUUAUCAGCCAAGCCCUGUGGAUUCUUCACUAAUCGGCACCAUGCCUACUCAAACAGGGCAACCUCCAGAUGGUACUCAGGUAUGCAAAAUUGAGCAACGACCCUCUUCUCUGCCAGUUAGUGCUGGUGGAACAACAAUUGGGAAUUUACAGACACCAACACCAAACAGCACAGGUAGUGGGCAAUCGGCCCCCAGCAGCAGUGUCACGUCCCCCAGCCAUGUCAACCUGUCCUCCAAUACAGUCCCUGAUUUCUCCUAUUCCAGUAGCGAGGAUGAGUUCUAUGAUGCUGAUGAAUUUUAUCAGACAAACACAUCUCCCAGACACAGCACAGAGUCUUCAUUGAACCCAGCCCUUGUGCCACGCAGCAACACAGGAAGUAGUCUGAAACGGCCUGACACCAAUGAGUCUCUCAAUUCCUCCAUGUCCAAUGGCACAACAGAAGCAGAUCAGGAUGACAAAGAUGACGAUUUAGAGGGAGAGUCGGUUGAGGAGCACAAGAGUGUCAUCAUGCAUCUACUCUCCCAAGUGCGCCUUGGCAUGGACCUAACCAAGGUGGUCCUCCCCACGUUUAUUCUGGAGAGAAGGUCAUUGCUGGAAAUGUACGCUGACUUCUUUGCACAUCCUGAUCUCUUUGUCAGCAUUGCAGAUCAGAAGGAUCCCAGGGACCGCAUGGUGCAGGUUCUGAAAUGGUACCUCUCUGCCUUUCACGCAGGACGGAAGGGCUCAGUCGCCAAGAAACCCUAUAAUCCCAUCCUGGGUGAGAUCUUCCAGUGUUACUGGGACAUGCCUUCAGAGAAUGAGGAGAUCAUUGAGCCCGUUUCUGAGGGGCCAGUCCCGUGGUGUGCCAAGAGCAACGUGUCAUUUGUCGCCGAGCAGGUCUCCCAUCAUCCUCCCAUUUCUGCAUUCUACGCCGAGUGCUACAGCAAGCGAAUUCAGUUCAACGCCCACAUCUGGACAAAAUCCAAGUUUUUAGGCAUGUCCAUUGGUGUGCACAACAUCGGGCAAGGGUGCGUCUCUUGCCUGGAUUACGACGAGCAUUACAUUCUCACGUUCCCCAAUGGCUACGGCAGGUCAAUCCUCACUGUCCCCUGGGUGGAGCUCGGAGGUGAGUGCGCCAUCUCGUGCUCCAAAACGGGUUACAGCGCCAAUGUCACCUUCCACACAAAGCCCUUCUAUGGCGGUAAGAAGCACAGAAUCACGGCCGAGAUCAUUGCCCCUUCCGAUAAGAAGGCCUUCUGCUUCAUUGAGGGAGAGUGGAACGGAGUGAUGUAUGCCAAGUGGGCAUCUGGGGAGAACAAUUUAUUUAUUGAUACCAAGAAGAUGGGCACAAUCAAAAAGAAAGUGCGAAAGGCCGAGGACCAGUUGGACUACGAGUCCCGCAGACUCUGGAAAGACGUCACUCACAACUUGAAAGUUAAAGACAUCGAUGCGGCGACGGACGCCAAACACGCACUGGAGGAGAAGCAGAGAGCAGAGGCCCGCGACCGCAAGGAGAAAGAGCAGCAAUGGCAGACACGGCUGUUCCAUGAGGAUGGCGAAUGCUGGGUCUAUGAUGAGCCCCUCUUAAAGCGCCUGGCAGGCAACAGACAAUAAGUGGAGAUGGACUGUAGCAAAACAAGUGGGGUGGGGGGGGACCCCAAGAGUCCUACACCCUGGGAGAUGGGGGCGGUCGGUCGAUAUCGUCUUCUCCCUCCUUUUUUUUUUUUUGGUUUGGUUGCUCCAUCCUUGCCACACAGUCUGCAUCUCAGGGAAAUCGAGGACGACAGAGGAUGGAGUGCUGGGUAACACUGCUUGCACCAAUGCGUUACUCUCGUGUUCCUUGUUCUCCCCCUCAAACCACCACUGCCCCCUUCCGGUGGGUGCCUGGCACUUGCACAGCACGAGCGCCCAAGGAAUGCAAUAGCUGGACAGCCUGCGGGGUGCCAGUCCGGUCCGGUCGAGUCGAGUCCUCGCUCACUCACUCCUUUCUGCUGCUGAGCGAGACUUUCUUUCCUAUGUAAAAUGAUCAAAUUGAGGCCUUGCUCUCUUUAGCUUGAUGACAGAUAACAGAAAUGUGUAUUUUUAUUUCAAAUUGUAAGCAUCUGAUUGUAAGAAAUUCUCAUGUUUAUUGAUUCCGAUAUUAAAAACGCCAGGACUUUCAGCUUU